UACUCGGAACUGCUCUGCCUUUUUCGGUUGGUCGGCCUCUCGCUGCGCUGCGCCCCCUCGCUACUCCGCCUCCGCCUCCCCCCACCUCCUCCGCCGUCUCUGUCGUGUGCUUUCCUGGGGCCAGAAGCUCACCUGUUGACGGCGAAGCGAGAAAGCGAGCAACCCGUAAACGACGUGCCUCUGCUUCUUUUCCCGGGAGAGUUUGAAUCAACCCAUGACAGAGAGAAAAAUUGCCAGUUGUCGGCUUUUCGAGAGAUGACGAAUCCAAGCGGGGUUUUGAAAGUGAAAGCGGUUUAAAGAAAAAAAAAAAAAAAACGUCUUUCGGAGGUUGGAGCAACUUUUCUGCCACAUGAGUCUCCACAGCUGAGUGAAACAAAUUGAAGCAAUGCCCCAAAGCAACAGGGAGAGUCCCAGGAGUCAGUGGCACGAGGGGCCACAGCCGGUGUGGAUCACCCGUGUGGCUGGCAGUCCCACCUCCUCAGGGGCAGAGUCGGACACUGAGAGCAGCAGCACAGAGAGCGAGAAUUCCUGUGUCAAAAAGACAGAGGUGGGCUCACCCAAGGUGGUCUUGGCACCCUCCAAGCUCCAGCAGAGAAUCGCAGAGCUUGACCAGCAGAAGGAAGAACUCAAGAUUGAGCUGCAGCUGGAGAUCGCCCUGCUGCAAGGCGAGCUGAAGACGGAAAGGGCGCAGCUGCUUAGCCACACGUGCAAGCUCCAAGAGCUUCGGGAACGGGCCCAUCUGAAGUCUGGCCAAAGUCAGCAGAAACAGGAGCGCGCGCGUCUUGAGGAGGAGAGGGUCCGAGUGCAGGAGCUAAGGAGGAAGUGCGAGGAGAAGCAGGAGCUGAUCCCGAGUCAGCCAGCGAGCCAGAGAGAGCGUCUCACGCUCCAGCUGCAGCACGAUAAAGAGGCAAUGGAGGCGGCCAUGCGGGCCUUUGAGGACUGGGAGUUUCGCGUUCUGGAGCAAGAGAGCGGUGUGGAUGAGGAAGAGGAGGAGGAGGAGGAAGGGGGUGUGGGCGAGGAAGACAAGGGCAAAGAUGAAGAGAGGAGAGCGUCCCUGGAGAGGGACAUCUCCUGCCAGCAGCUUGCUGUCAGCGCAGCACAGGAGCGAGUGCAGCUGCUGGAGACGCAGCUGACGGACAUGGAGGGAGAGAAGGAGCGAGAGCUGGACGCCCUGACCAAGGAGAAGAAAGACCUCAUGCAGUCCAAUCACACAGUCAACACGAUUGUCCAAGAAAAGAAGCCACUCACCGAUUGGUCAGAUGUCACCGGCUCCGCCCCAUACAUGAUGUCACUGUCACCUUUUAGCGUUCAUAAGCCUUCUCAGGCGCCGCACAAGGAUGCUGGCACUCUGCCCCGGAGACGGAGCUUGCACCGCAGCGGCAGACUGAAGGAUAGGCCACUCUCAACUCAGGGCCUGGUGAGUGCAACCCUGGGUAGCAGCCAUCCCCAGGAGGCAUACACCUCCCCCCUCUCCUCUCCGCGCCAGAGACUCCACAACGGGCAUGUCGAGGGGCACCGAGCCGACAGCGCCAACGGCUGCGAACGCCUCAUGCCCAGCGAUAGCACACAGAGCUCUCGCGCUGCCAGUCCGUGUCUGAUGGAUCUGGUGGAGAUUGAGCGGAAGUUGCGGGAAGCCAAAGCGGAACGGGAGAGGCUGCUCAGAGAAAGGGAAGAGCGACAGCGAGAGUUGUUGGAGGAGAGAAGACAGCAUGAGCUCAACACGCCCAGGCUAGAACCAGCAGAGGCAGGCAAUCUGCACAGGCCAGAACCACUGGAGAACCAGAUCAGACCACCGCUAAACUCUCCUGAGCAACUGCCUCUAUCCUUGUCUCCGGACUUCGACCUGCAUGCCCAUGUGGAGUCUCUGGGUCACAGCGUGUCGGGCUGCAAUGACCUGCGCCUGACAUCUCGCCGCUGUGCGGGCUUCCUGACUAAGCGAGGGGGCCGGGUCAAGACAUGGAAGAAGAGGUGGUUCCUCUUCGAUGUGGACCACCGACGGCUGGCCUACUACACAGAUUGUGACGAGAGGAAGCUGAAGGGAGUAAUCUACUUCCAGGCUAUAGAAGAGGUUUACUAUGACCACCUGCGCACGGCCGCCUCUUCGCCUCGGCCCAGCCUGACGUUCUGCGUCAAGACGUAUGACCGCCUCUUCUUCCUGGUGGCGUCAAAUCCAGUGGCCAUGAGGAUCUGGAUGGACGUCAUCGUUACGGCAACCGACGAGCACAGCCGCUAUUGACCUCAACAGGUGAGCGCUUGCUGAAGAGGAAGACGCAGCUAUUACUUUUUAAAGCAGGAGGAGUUUUAUCAGUCUGUUACUGGGUGCUUUGCCUCCUCUGUUGAGUCACCGUCGGGCAUUACAGCUCUGAGACACUAAGGGACCAGUAAUGCAUGACAUAGCUAAUCAAAAUUUGAUUGAUUUAAUGUUCAUAUUAUACUGUGUGUGUACAGGACAUUUUCACAGGAUUAACUUAUUCUAUGGACCUGUGCGUGGGUUUGCAAAUACAAGAAGUCAUACACUGUUCUCAAAUGCACUAUUAAAUAUGUAAAGAAA